AUGGCAUCCGAAGAAUUGAUGGCCAGAUUCUGUGAAGUUACGGGUUUAAUGGAUAUUGGUGAAAAGAUAAUUCCAGAAUUUUUCGCGGAAAAUGAGGAAACAAAGAUUGCAAUUCCCCAAAUUUAUAAUUACAUUAAUACGAAUGUUAAUGUUGGUGGUGGUGGUGAUGAUGCUAAUAUUAACAUUAAUGUCGAUGAUGCGAAGAGAAAUCGGAAAAAACGAUUAUUAAUGAUGGAACAAGAAAAAGAUAGAGAAUUUGAAUUAUAUCCUAUUCAAAGUUUAAAAGAUUUGUCACGCAAUUUACCUACCAAUGAAGUUUCGCCAGAUCCUUUUAUCAAUGAAAACAUUCAAUUUACUAUCGAGGAUUUGUGCCCCCUUUAUCACGAAGCCUUAUCGCAAGAAAUCUCCUCUCUUGCAAAAUAUUUUAAAUCAUUGGACGCAAGAGAGCAUGAUGACUUUGAGUUCAUCAAAGAUUUAGAAUUUGAUUUCGAGAAAUCAAUGUACCUCGAAGAACUUCUAAUCGUUAAUAAAGUAAAUAAAGUUCUUGACCAAGAUAUACCGACCAAUGUAUCAGAUAUUAUUUCAUUGGUUAAUAGAGAAGGAUUGGAAGUUGAUUUAAAACUUCAAAGUGACCAAUUAGUACCUGAAGAGACAGGAGUUAAAGCGCCAUUGAAAAUUUUAAAUGAGUGGGGCAUAGAUGAUAUAAAAUUUGAUGCCGAAGAGACAUCAAGUAGUGGAUCGAAAGAAUUCGACGGAUCAACGGCAUUUCAGAAAUCAUUAUGUUUAGAACCAGCUCUUAUUCCUGUAAAAUGUGAUCCGCUAGAACCAGAUCGUAGAAAACGACUAUCCGAUUCUCUUAUAGAAACGCUCAACACUGUGGUCUCUAUUCCACAAAAAUUAGACGAGGAAAUUACACUUCAAGAGGAUCUUGGUACAAUUUUAAAAACCGAGAACCCCACUGAAAAUUGGCGAUCCAUUAUUAUUCAUCAGCCAAUGGAUGAAAUUGGAGGCAUGAAAUUCAAAGAUAAUAUAAUCCCUACUUGCAUCGCUGACAUUUUAUCAAACUCAAAUUCCGUGAAUUCUGAAUUCAAAAUAUUAACAUCUAUCAGUGGGUUGAAAGUUUUAGAAUUAGAUUUACACUGGAAUCCAAUUCCAAUUAAAAAAAUAAAAUUUGUCGAAUUCAAAAUGCUCAUUGAUAUCGAAUUCGCAUAUCAAGAGAGAGAAUUCGAAGAUUUAUGUUGUUGUGGUAAAGGUGGAGACGAUACUUUAGAAAUUUUAGAUGCACAAUUUAUCAUAAAUACUUUGGAAAGUCCAUUGAGAUCGAGAAAAGAAAAAAGAAAGUUUGAUUAUCAACUAAAAAAAAUGGAACUUAAGGAUAACAUUUCUCAUCAUAACUCACAUCACUCAUAUAGUUGUAAUGAAAAAGAUGUUGCUGGUGAGUCCGCAGAUAUACGUGAUUUAUUACAAACUGAUAUGAUGUCUCAAAAAUCUGGAAUAACAAGAAUAGCUGGCGACACAACACGAUGGAAAAGAAAUAAUGGCAUGUCAUCAUCUAAACUUGUCACGGAUAAUAUUCCUGUGUUAAGUAUUAAAGACAAAAUAUCAGAAUGGCUCGUUAACGACUGUAAUUAUGAUUUCACUAUUAAAAAAAAUAUUUCAGGAAGUAAUAAUUUGGAAAGAUCAAUCGAGAUUAUUGAUUUGACUUCCGAACCUUCUGAUGAGAUCUCAGGAUAUAACAAUUGCGCUUCCCAAAGUAGAAACAUUUUCUCUGAUGGGUUUAACAAGAAAAUUGAGAAUCUUUCUUCCCCGAAAAAUCUCGACGAAACAUCUACUGAUCAGAAUGAUAAAAAUAAUGUAUUUUCAAAUUCAACAGUUGAACAUGCAUCCGAAUUUUUCAGAAAUCCGUCAACCUGUAAUGAUGAAGCUUCGACUGUGGAAAAUUUUUUUAAAGUUCCCCAAAAUUACAAGGACCAAACCACAUUUUGCCAUGAUCAAAAUUUGAAAAUUCAAAAUAAUUCUUUUAAAAAUUUCUUGCAAAAUGUCAAGAGUAAUGAAUUUUCGAUUGAGAGUUCACAAAUUUCCGUGGAUGAUACAGACGAAACACAAUAUGAUUUUGUCGGCUUAAAUAAUUCAACUGACUUCACCGAAUUGAAUACAUCAAAAUCUAUUGAUGAUUUUUUAAUAUUAAGAGGGAAGAUGGAACCAAAUAAACGUCGUAAUAUCGAUUCUAAUAGAAAUGAUGAAGCUUCUACCAACAAUAAUGCAUUGAGUUUGAUUUUGAGUGAAAAUAUGACUCAAAAUGAUCGCCAUAGUUGGUCACUCGUUCAUUCACUGGGUGAUGUUUCAAUGGCAAAAGCCAUAAUCGAUAGUUUAUCAAUGCCCAUAAAUACUCACAAAUAUAUAAUUUCGGCUCGGAUGUUGGUAAAUCGUGGAUUCUUGAUUGCUUUAAAAGGGGACGAUUGCAAGGUGGAACUUAUAGAAAGGGAUUUUGAAUUUAUGAGGCCAUUUUUAUUAGAUAGUGAAUCUGAGACAUUUAAUGUAGAAUGUGAUCUAAUAAUCGACGAAAAUACUGGUAUCAUCUAUUAUCCACUCAAUUUAAUCUCUCAAGAACAUUCUGUUCAUGACGUUGCUCAAACUUUGGUGCGUCUUCACCAAAAAUAUUCGAGUAUCUUUUUAAUCUUUGAGAAUUAUACUUGGAAUCGUCGUCGUGUGACCAGCAAUGAUAUUCUUCCGUAUGCUUAUACAAUGCCUGUCUUAAAAGCGCUUGCUGAAUUGCAAGUUAUUCUAAAAUACAUGUCGUGUGAUACACAUAUAAUGUUUUCACCGUGUGAAGAAAUUUCAGCUCGGUUGGCAAGAAUGGUAGGAGAUAUUUGUGCUACAAACUGUGAAGAUGACUCAAUAGAAAAUAAAGGAUGGAAAGAUAAACAACAUCCUCUCAUAAAUCCAUUUACUGCACAAAUUAUUCUUACCGCUACAACAUUAUCACAAUAUUUUGAAAUGUCACAUGAAGAACGUUAUGCGUUGGUUGGAAGAUGGAUCGAUGAUGCAAAAUUGAGACAAUUUGACGAUAUAAUUCAUCAUGAACUUUUAAAUAAUCCGAACAAUGACACGGAGAAUUUAUUUUCAAAUGAUGGCAUACCUUUGAUAUCGUUAGAUGAAGAGGAUCAAGGUGCUAAUGGAUAUACAGAAUCAGAAUGGGAUACUUAUAAUUAUUGA